CACGUCAAAUAGACAACCCAAAGGGCCUUUUGUCAUUCUAUCAAAAAAAAAAAAAAUAAAUAAAUAAAAAAAACCAACAAAAAAAUUCAGGAAUACAAUCUAUAGUUUUAAAUAAUGCUUCAAAAUUUAGUUAAGUAAUAAUGCUGUUGCCCUUGAUGAACUUACAGUCUGUACAAGACGAGGCCGAUCCGAAUGUUACGAUCCUCAAACGCCAGAUAGCUGAGGAUGGAACUAAAACACAGACACAGCUGCUCCAAGCGUUCCGUUUCGAGUUGCUCAAUGAUGCCAAUGGACAACCAUUCCUUCAAGAUCAGCUCAAUUGAGACUACAACGGCAUCAGAAUCAAAGCCCAAUCCCCUCAAGAAACCUAAAAAAUUCAAAGGGUUCUUCCGGUUUUUCUUUGGCAAAAGAAUCGGUAAAGCUAAGAAAAAUGAUUCGCUAGAAGGUAACAGGUUGUGCCUAGAGGAAAAGGAUGUGAGGAAAUUAAUUCGCCUGUAUUGCAAAUAUAAUAGUCUCUACAACCCGAAAAACAUUUACUAUGGCAACAAAGAGAUCGAUGAGGAUUGCUACAGUUACUUGGCGCGAUCUUUUCCAGGAAAAAGUGGCUCGGAACUAAGAUCGUAUCUCGAAGAACUAAGAACUCUCUUCGAGAGGGAAUAUAGGAUUAUUGAAAGUGCCCGAAGGAAGCAUGGUAAAGUAAUAACACCUUCGAUUCGCUUUUACAAAGAGUUUCUAUUCUUGGUGCCUUAUCUGUCCAUCGAUUUUGAUGAGGAUUUUCCCUGCAACGGCACACGUUUGCUGUCCCCCGGAAAACUUCCUUCAAGGAAUGUGAAAAACCAAAUGGCCACAGCGGAAAAGUUAUGCCAUAAAUUAAACAAUUUCUCCGGCAUUCCUUUAGCUGGUUUUCCUGGGAACCUAUCUUGGUGCAGGAAGAAGCAUAAAAAGGGCAGCGAUAUAGAGGAAACACCGGAGAUUGAGAAGCUUGAUCGACCGAAUUCAAAGAUUCCUGAGCACGAGAAAGAGAAAAUUAAAGAGAAAGAAAAUCUGGAGAAAGAAAAGAAUAGUGAAGAGGAAGAUGCUAAGCAAAAGGAAACCUUUUCCCCCUUACCGGAGGAUAAGUCGAUAAAUAAAAAUGUGGAAGGUUCCAGUCCAGUUCCAGUCUCCUCCCAAUCGGAGGAGAAAGAAAAAACUAGUGAGGAGAAAGAUGCCAAGCAAAGUGUUACCCUAUCCCCCUCCUCGGUGCAAAAUAAAUCCACGUCCAGGAUGUCCGCCCAAUUGAAAGAGAAAGAAAAAUCUAGUGAAGAGGAAGAUGCUCAGCAAAAUGUAAUUCUUUCUCCCUCAUCGGAACCAAAAAACUUAAAUAACACUGAGGAAGGAUCCAGUCAAUAUAAAUCUACCCCCAGGACGUCCACCCAAUUUUCAUCCGAUGCCAACGAUCAAGACUUAAAGGCAACCGAUUUGUCACCCAAUAAUCAAGAAUCAGAAUCCGUUUCCACUCAAACAAAACCUUUUGUCUAUCAACCGUUAAAUUCUUCUUGUGUGAUGAAAAGUUCGGAAUUAGAAUCCGAAUCUAAUCACAAAUCAGAUACCUGCUCUUGCCAACAGGAACAAUAUGCAUGUGGUCUUGAUCCUAGAGGAACAGUUCCAAAAGUUCUUAGAAAACAAAUAUUCUGCCCUUGGCAACCAAAGAAUUUGGCUAAUGGCAACGGACGCCGGGUAAGUACCUUGGAGUCACCUCAACCAGGAAGGCGGAGAAGUUCGGAACUAGAACCUGAAUCUAAUCAAAAAUUGGACACCUGCUAUUGCCAACAGAAACAAUAUGCAUGCGGUCUUGAAGCUAGAGGAAGAAUUUCAAAAGCUGUUAGGAAACCGAUAUCCUGUCCCUGGCGACCGAAAAACUCGCCUUGUGUCACCGGAUGCCGGGUAAGUUCCUCGGAAUCCCCUCAAGAACCACAGAACAAGCCACAAUACCAACCUGAAAGGCGGAAAAGUACUGAAUUAGAACCUGAAUAUGAUCAAAAAUCAGAUACCUGCUACUGCCAACAGAAGCUAUAUGUAUGCGGUUUUGAACCUAGAGUAGUUCCAAAAGUGGUUAGAAAACAAAUAUUCUGCCCUUGGCAACCGAAAAACUUGGCUAAUGUCACCGGACGCCGGGUAAGCACCUCGGAAUCCCCUCAAGAACGACAAAACAAGCCAGAACCCCAACCUAAUCAGCGGAACAGUUCGGAAUUAGAAUUUGAAUAUGAUCAAAAAUCUGAUACCUUCUCUGGCCAACCGGAACAAUAUGCAGGCGAUCUUAAGGCUAGAGGAACAGUAUCAGAACCUGUAAAGAAACCGAUAUCCUGUCCCUGGCAACCGGAAAACUCGGCUUGUGUCACCGGAUGCCGGGUAAGCACCUCGGAAUCCCCUCAAGAACCACAGAACAUGCCGCAACCUCAACCGGGAAAUAGUCAGCAAAUCCAAAUGCUUUGCGAUUUGAUUACAACCGAACUAACUACAGCGCCAGAGUUUAUUUUCUUCGAUGCCAAGUGGAAGAUCAUAGAGAUUCUGAAGCAGGUGCACAAGCGAAAAUUGGUUCAACAGAAAGUCAUGCCGCGAAAAUAUUCAAGACGAAAUCUAACGCUGAAAAACCAACUGCACAAAUCGGAUAAAAAGAACAAGGAAAAAGGACCUAAGAUUUGCGACCACCUUAAGGCCUGUCACUGCCCGUAUUGCUGCCGGCAUAACAACUGAACUGAAACCAAAA